UUAUAUGCAAAAAAUAAGGGAUUUAGAAAUAUUUUGAUCCUGAUGUUCAAAAAUGGCUACAAAUAUCAAGCAACCAAAAUACAAUUUUGGACUUUUACAAACACCUGCUACUUCUGAUGAAUCAGAGCUUUCAGAUACAUCUGCCAGUAUCUUCAAUAAGAAGCCUAUAUUUAUGGGAACCAAGAGGAAACAGCAGAAUUUGGGCCAAAGAGAGGAUAUUACACCAUAUUCAGAACAAAGGUUGUCUUCCUCAUCAAGUGAUCAUCUUAAAUUAAUCUCACCUGCUCAGACUAAAACAUCUGCUGUGAAACGGACUCCAUAUACAUCAUCUACAACGAACUCUGAUAAUACUGCAGUUAUUGCAGCUAUUGUUGAAGGCCGAGGUCUAGCAAAAGGAGAAAUUGGAAUGGCUAGUAUUGAUCUGAAAUGCCCAGUGUUAGUACUGUCCCAGUUUUCAGAUAGCCAAACCUAUGUAAAAGUCAUGACUAAACUUCAGAUCCUUCAACCAAUUGAGAUUGUGAUACCAAGUACUGCUUGUGAAAAUGGAAACAUGUCUAAGCUUUUUCAAGUCAUAUCUAAUAAUUUCUCAAACUGUUGUAUCUCAACAGUUCAAAGGAAAUACUUCAAUGAAUCCAAAGGGCUCCAGUUUAUCAGGCAACUCUGUUUACCUGACUACAGUUCAGUGGAGAUGGAAGUGGCUUCAAAGUACUACUGCUUAGCCACUGCUUCUGCUUUGCUUAAGUAUGUUGAAUUCAUCCAGAAUAUUGUUUAUGCACCUUCUACCCUGAAAAUUAUUUUUAGAGGCUGUGAAAAUACAACAAUGAUUGAUGUUACUACAGCAAAGAACUUAGAGCUUGUUCAAAAUUUAAGGGAUCCUAAAAGCAGUCACUCAUUAUUUGGUAUACUCAACUAUUGCAAAACUCCUGGUGGAGUCCGAUUGCUUCGAGCUAAUAUUCUUCAACCACCUUCAGAUAUAGAAACUAUUACUUUACGUCAAGAUGUGGUCUCAGAACUAACUGACAAUGAGGACCUCUUUUUUAAUUUGCAAUCUAUAUUAAAAAGGUUCUUGGAUGUUGAUCACCUGCUGUCUUUGUGUGUACAAAUGCCAAAACAAGAGACAAUAAGAACAGCAGAAAGUAAGAUUACAAACAUCAUUUAUCUAAAGCAUAUCUUAGAAAUGCUACCAGCAUUACAAGAUGCCCUGAAGAAAUCAGAUAAUACUUUACUGGUUGCAUAUUCAAAGGCACUGGUUGAUCCAAGAAUUGAGAUUAUGAAGUCAAAAAUUGACAGUAUUAUUCAUGAAGAUACAAAAUAUCAAAAAGGUGUUCUUAAUAUGAAAACUCAGAAGUGUUUUGCUGUAAAGCCAAAUAUAAAUGGAUUAUUAGAUGUGGCUCGCAGAACUUACACAGAGAUUAUUGAUGAUAUUGCAGAAUUGGUUCGACAGUUAUCAGAAAAGUAUAAAUUACCCUUAAAGACCAGCUACAAUUCUACACGUGGUUUCUUCAUGCAACUGUAUUCUGGGAACAAAGACAAAUAUAUGGUUGAUUCACUACCUUCGAUCUUCAUAAAAGUCAGCAAGCACAAAAAUACUUUGAGUUUCACAACUGUUGAUCUUAUAAAACUCAAUGAUCGUGUCAAAGAAUCUCUGCAAGAAAUUUACCUAAUGACUAACAUUGUUGUUACUGAGCUUCUCAAUGACAUCAGGAGCUGUAUUAGUUGUUUGUACAAACUCUCAGAGUGUGUUUCCAUGUUAGACAUGCUGGCAGGAUUUGCACAUCUUUGCACAUUAUCGGAUUAUACUCGUCCAGAAUUUACAGACACUGUUGCCAUUAAGCAAAGCCGACAUCCCAUUUUAGAAAAAAUUGCAAGGGAGCCUCCUGUUCCAAACAAUACUUAUGCUUCUAAUGACAGCAAUUUUAUUAUUAUUACAGGACCAAAUAUGAGUGGUAAAUCAACAUAUCUACGGCAAGUUGCUUUGCUCCAAAUCAUGGCUCAAAUUGGAUGUUUUGUACCUGCGACAUAUGCUUCUUUUAGAAUUUCUGAUCAGAUUUUUACUCGUAUUGGCAGUGAUGAUGAUCUAGAAACUAAUGCCUCUACAUUUAUGCUUGAAAUGAGAGAGAUCAACUACAUUAUUCAGAAUGCUUCAGAUACUUCACUAAUAAUAAUUGAUGAGCUCGGUCGAGGAACCAGUGUCAAAGAAGGCUUGGGAAUUUGUUAUGCAAUAUGUGAAUAUCUUUUGAGUACAAAGGCUAUAACACUUUUUGUUACCCACUUUAUGGAAUUGACUAAUCUUGAUGAAGUUUAUCCUAAUGUUGAGAACUAUUAUUUUGAAGUCAAAAGAAUAUUCUGCCAAGAAGGUAACUGUGAAAAAUUAACAUACACACAUAUCCUCUCACAAGGGAAAACAAAUGAAAAGCAUUAUGGAAUUCAAUUAGCCGAAGUCUCAACUAUACCAAGAAGUGUGGUGGAAGAGGCAAAACAACUUCUACAGAUUGUAUCUGUUAAUAAAAAGGUGGACCAAAAUUUGAAAAAAGAAGCCAGAAGGCAACGUGCUGUUUUCAAACUUGCUAACAGGUUGUUGCAGACUGCCAGGAACUCUCAACUUGAUAACGAAAGUCUUUGUGUCUACCUUGGAAGUCUUAAGAGUCAGUAUGAUGCAGAUUUACAAGAUGAAGAAUGAAACGUGAACUUUUUAAUUAUAUUUUUUAUUGUUUUCUUCAGUUUCAUUUUGAAUUUUCUGUGAUAUUUUAAGA